CAAGAUGGCGGAUAAUCUCCCUUCGGAUUUUGAUGUGAUCGUAAUAGGGACGGGUUUGCCUGAAUCCAUCAUUGCGGCUGCAUGUUCAAGAAGUGGCCAGAGGGUUCUGCAUGUUGAUUCACGAAGCUACUAUGGAGGAAACUGGGCCAGUUUCAGCUUUUCAGGACUGUUGUCCUGGCUAAAGGAAUAUCAGGAAAACAGUGAUGCUGUGACUGAAAAUUCCAGCUGGCAAGCACAGAUUCUUGAGAAUGAGGAAGCUAUCCUUCUUAGCAGCAAGGACAAAACAAUUCAACAUGUAGAAGUAUUUUGUUAUGCCAGUCAGGAUUUGCAUAAAGAUGUUGAGGAAGCUGGUGCACUGCAGAAAAAUCACGCUUUUGUGACAUCCGCGGACUCCGUAGAGGCUGCAGAGGCUGCAGAGGCUGCUUGCCUGCCUACUGCAGAUGCAUCAUUAAACACUAGGAGCUGUGAAACACUAGCAGAACAAACUCAGAGCAGUGAGCCAGAGAGUUCACUAGCAGCAAAUGAUGCUGAAGCAGCAGGAGAAAAAGAAAAUCAUAGUGAUGAUAAAGCUACAGAAGAAGAGCCAAGUGAAAAUGUGCCUAAAGUACAAGACACCACAGAGCCACCAAAGAAAAAUAAAAUUACUUACUCACAGAUUAUUAAAGAAGGCAGAAGAUUUAAUAUUGAUUUAGUAUCAAAACUUCUCUAUUCUCGGGGAUUACUAAUUGAUCUUCUGAUCAAAUCAAAUGUUAGUCGAUAUGCAGAGUUUAAAAACAUUACGAGGAUUCUUGCAUUUCGAGACGGAAUUGUGGAACAGGUUCCCUGUUCUAGAGCAGAUGUCUUCAAUAGCAAACAACUUACUAUGGUAGAAAAACGAAUGCUAAUGAAAUUUCUAACAUUUUGUAUGGAAUAUGAAGAACAUCCUGAUGAAUACAAAGCAUAUGAGGAAACAACAUUUUCUGAAUAUUUAAAAACUCAAAAAUUAACCCCCAACCUUCAGUAUUUUAUCCUGCAUUCAAUUGCUAUGACAUCAGAAACAACAAGCCAUACAGUAGAUGGUCUCAAAGCUACCAAAAACUUUCUUCACUGUCUUGGGCGGUACGGCAAUACUCCAUUUCUGUUUCCUUUAUAUGGCCAAGGAGAACUCCCUCAGUGUUUUUGCAGAAUGUGUGCUGUGUUUGGUGGAAUCUAUUGUCUUCGCCAUUCUGUACAGUGCCUUGUAGUGGACAAAGAAUCCAGAAAAUGUAAAGCAAUGAUAGAUCAAUUUGGUCAAAGAAUAAUUUCUAAACAUUUCGUUAUUGAAGACAGUUACCUUUCUGAGAACACAUGUUCCCGUGUACAGUACAGGCAGAUAUCCAGGGCAGUCCUGAUAACAGAUGGAUCUGUACUAAAAACGGAGUCAGAUCAACAGGUCUCCAUUAUGACAGUGCCAGCAGAAGAACCAGGAAGUUUUGCUGUUCGGGUCAUUGAGUUAUGCUCUUCAACGAUGACAUGCAUGAAAGGCACAUAUUUGGUGCAUUUGACUUGUGUGUCUUCUAAAACAGCAAGAGAAGAUUUAGAACCAGUAGUACAGAAAUUGUUUACUCCAUAUACAGAAAUGGAAGCAGAAAGUGAACAUAUUGAAAAGCCAAGGAUUCUAUGGGCACUGUAUUUCAAUAUGAGAGAUUCAUCAGAUAUCGGCAGAGAUUGUUAUAAUGAUUUACCAUCCAAUGUUUAUGUGUGCUCUGGCCCAGACUGUGAUCUAGGAAAUGAUAAUGCAGUCAAACAGGCAGAAACACUUUUCCAGCAAAUCUGCCCAAAUGAGGACUUCUGUCCAGCCCCACCAAAUCCUGAAGAUAUUGUCUUUGAUGGAGACAGUUCACAACAAGAAGCUUCAGAAUCCACUGUUAUAUCAGAGACCAAUUCAGAGACUCCCAAGGGAAAUAAAGACCUGGGAUACCCAGAGAAGCCCUCUAAGUAGUGGAUAUGCAUUAGACUUACUAUCCUAAUUUGAAAAUUCCUCUUGGCUUCAUAGUCCUGAUGGAUGGAAUAUAUGAAAACUUAGAAAGCAACAACCAAUAGGCAAAAUUACAAGACGAAAUGAGUACUAGAAAUCUAAAGGGCAAUUUUCUUCAAAGAAGGCAUUUCUGGGAAAAUAAAAUACUUAUAAAGCACAUUGACUUGCCUAUUUUAAGAUAACAAGCCUGUGAGAUUAGCAUUCCUGGGAAUGUAGCUAUGAUGUUAAAGGGAUCCUAAGCAUUGUAAGUAAUUAUGUGGUGUUCACAUAAAUUUGCCACAUCUGGAGAGUCAGCUCUCAUACUUAUUUUGAUUAUUUGAAUUAUAUUUUCAUUCUGGGUAUGAUAUAACAGAUACAAGCAUAUGUAAAUACAAUAGAGUAAAGCUAAACUAUCAUAAUCUGGCCAGAAGCCAAUAUUUGGAGUAAAAGUUGGUUUUAUUUUAUAUGUUAAAAACUGAAAAUGUUAAUACUAAGGUGUUUAGAUGAUUUGCUAAUCAUGAUUUGUUAGUAAGUAGUGACUUUGGUGUAAUACACACUGGCUAAAGUUUAAAGAUGAAACGUAAGAAUGGAAGCAUACAUUUGGAUAAGAUCAGUGAUCCUUCAUGAUUCUACUAAGUCAGAGUAACGGAAGCACUAACCUUGUUCACAGAACUAAUUUGGUCAUGGCUAUGCUACUUAAAAUAUUGGGCAGCUUGUUUAACUUCUUCAGUUUCUGCAGAUCUAAAGUGGACUACUGUGCCUACUGUGUCAGAAUAGUUAUGAAGAGAAAUAUAGCACCAUCCUUAGAGUGGCUCCUCUGGAAACACACUGUUUGGAACUUUCCCAUUGGUUGACCUGUGGGUAAAUAUCAAACCACCCUCACGAUCACAGUGUUACAUGUAUUGCGCUAAAUUUUUAAAAUGCAGCCGGGUGGUGGUGGCACACACCUUUAAUCCCAGGACUCGUGAGGCAGAGUGAUCGUGAGGAUCUCUAUGAGUUCGAGGCAAGCCUGGUCUACAAAAGCUAGUUCCAGGACAGCUAGGACUCUUACACAGAGAAAUCCUGUCUCAAAAAAACAAAAAGGAAAAGAAAAAAAAAAAUUAAAAUGCAAAUCUGUUUCCUAAACUCAU